AUGGGUGUUUCCUUUUACGCGUGUUCGUUUGGGUGGAGGGCUUACCCUGAGUUACGUGCAGGUGGUGCGGUACCUUUGUCGCGAAAGAUUAUUUUCAGGGGCCGGGGGGUGUGGGUGCGGGUGAAGGGGGGUAGGGUCCUUUCAGGCUGA